AUGAAAAGGCGUUUGCAUACCGCCAAAGACCAAAUACCCUUCAAGAGCUAUAAGGUUAGUUUAACCAAACUAGAUUUAUCCCACAAUCACCUGCACAACAUUUCCAUGGGAUUCUUUGACCAUUUCAAUAAUUUAAAAUCUUUAAAUUUGACUCACAACAGUAUUAUUUCUGUUUACGGAUUCACCGUAUUAAACGUUGAGUACUUAGGACUUGCUUAUAACAAAAUAAAAGAUUUUGACGAGAAAACUUUAAAAUCGUUUCCUCACUUAAAAACAAUAGCAUUGGACGAAAACGCAUGGAAUUGUAAAAUUCUAACUGGUGUAGUUCAAGAAUUACGUUCCAGAUUAAUUGUAAUUGAAAGGGGACAUGAACUUAAUGAAAGUAGUAAAGAUCAUUCAUCAGAGUUUGGAGUUUCGAGACUGCCUAAACCAGUUUCGGUAACCCUAACGGAAAUGCCAGUCGACCGCUCGUUCCAAAUUGCUGACGCCAUUGUUAUGGACCGUCACCUUUGUAAAGUCGACAAUUUGAUACAUUUAUUACUUUUUGGGGAAUGCCAAGAGACCCUAAGAGAAAUAGCGGGAGACCACCAAGUCUCCCUGGUCCCCGUCCAUAUGGGGGUAAGGAAAAAAGGAGAGACUGGAGAAGCCACGCAAAGAAAGCCUGAAAUCAGCACAUACAAAACUCAGAUGAAGCUGCUGGGGAGCAGAGACCAUGGACCGAGAGACCCUCAAGGGCUGCACAUAAACACAAUUAUGGGCUUCUGGAAGAAGACCGGUAUUAGAAGGUGGAACUAG